GUUUUUAAUCUUUUAGACACCUCCCCCCCCCACUGUAAUUAUUAGAUACCAACGGACCUGAGGGUGGUCGCUGGAGCUCAGUAUGAGUUUAGGCCUAUCCCAGCUUAUGCUCCAAGAAAUCAUAUUUUGGACUGAUGAAGAUAUUUUUAAAUUUGAAUCUGGAAUGAAAUAUUUUUAUAAAGAUUUUAUAGCAAUUCAUAAUACUCAACUAUCACACAGAAAAUUGGGAGAAAUUGUUGCUUAUUACUAUAUGUGGAAAAAAACAAAGCGUAGGGAUAUUUUACUUAGUUUUUUAGGGAAGGAAACCUCUAAGCAUGUUAUGUCGAACGAAAAAAGGGUUUGCGAACCAGGCAACUUGGUAUAUAAUUUUUCUACGCUUUCUUCCCCUUUCAAAAGGUGGUACCGUUCUAAUGUUAAAAAAUAUUUUGGGGAUCACAAUCAUGACGGCAUUUGUUUAAUUUGUUUGAGCACACAAACGAAAAGCUCUCUCUGGUAUUACCCUAAUUCAUCUAGUUUGGCUAAAGUUUCGCCGAAUUAUAGAGGGGCUGUAGUUUGUGAGAAGUGUUCACAGUUUUUUCGAGCUCAAAAUCGCUAUGAGCACACAAAGUCUGCUUUUCUUCCCCCUUUAAAACCUUUAAAAGAUUACGAGCCCAACUUCGCCUCUAUUAGGGAUGAAGACAACUCAAAGGUCGUUUUGUACAAGAAAGAUUCCGAUUCUUCUUCCAGCCCAGUUGAGCGUUUGGACGACCGGCGCUUAAGUUCAAGUGGCAUGCCUUAUUCCGCUCCUAAGACUAGAUACUCGUUGCGGGGAGACUUAUCAAAACUUUGAGAAUUAUUUAUAAAAGUGGCUGGAAAGUACCCCAA